AUGCAGCUCGCCGCAUUCUUUUUCCGUGCCACUCCGGCGCCUGCGCUCGUGCAGCCUGCGCUCGUUCAGUGCCCCACCCCGGGUUGCAAUACGCCGCUGCGGCCUGGUCGGGUGGCGGCGCACCUUCUCCGCUGCCCGGUCCUGGCGGAGAUCCGCAGGCAGGAGGCGCAGACCUGGUUUGUGCGAGGCGUCAACACCGGAGAGGGCGACGAGGGCGAGCCUGAUGAGCCGCUCACGAUGGAGGCUGCUUCGCUGCUCGAAGCCAGCCUCGAGCGGCGCUCUGGCACGCUCUGGCACGCGCCUGCAAGCUCGGCUCUGCCCGACGGCCUCGGGCUCGGCGCGGGGAACGGAGAGCUCUCCCUCGCGCUCGCAGAGGCGCACCGCGACGCGGUCCGCUCGGACACGCUGGUGCUGCUCGACCAGGGCAGCAAGCCAAAGGGCCGAUCGGGCCACGGCAGGCUCGCGGCAGACACGGCGCUCGAAGGCCAUUUCGCGAGCGUGACGCGCCUGAAGGCGAGCCUCGAGUCCACGGGCUGGCCACUCGUCGCGGCGAGCGUCGCGGCGAGCGCCGACCCGCUCGAGCUCCUGCUGGCGACUUGCUGCCACCACCGGUGCUCUUGGCGCGACUUCGUGAACCGCCCCUCGCUGCGCUCCGCCGGGCUGGCUGACGGCUUCGGCGCGGCCGAGUUUGAGCGCCUCUGCCGCGUCAGCUCGAGAGGCGUGAACGCGCAGGAGAGCACCGCGGACGUCGGUCGACGGGCGAAGGAUGUGCUCGACGAGGCGCGGGCCGAGUACCUGCGGAGCCACGGCUUCGAGGCGCGGCUGAGCACUUUCGUCGACGCGAGCGUGACGCCGGAGAACUACGAUAACGGGCCCGCCGGCGAGCCGGAAAGCCGAGGCCGGAGGGCCCCAGGGGAGGCUUGGGGUCAGUUGUCGGAGGAGGGGCGAGAGAUGAGCUGA